AUGGAAUCCACGGCCCAAUCGCCUGCGCGCAAUUUCUCGUGGGCGAACCUGCCUCCUGACUCCAGGGGUGAUGAACUGGUCAGUUUGAACGCAUCAUUGAUCGCCAUCUCGACUGUGAUCCUUGUCACUAGACUCUACGCGCGGACAUUCCUCCUCAAGUCUCUGGGUAUCGACGAUUUGCUGGCGACGUUGACUUAUCCGCUGCUGGUCACUCUAUCGGCUCUCGAAGCGCACACUGUCAACUAUGGAUCAGGCACGCACAUGGACGAAGUUCCCCCUGAACUGCUGCCAAAAUUCUUCUCUCGUCUCACCACCAUGCAACUGAUCUACUUUACGUCUGUCGGUCUGGUUCGGAUAUCAGUAGCGUCGUUCUAUCCGCGCCUGAGCAAUGACAAAUGGUACCUCCGGGGCAUUUAUGCAACCAUCUUCGUUACGUUCGCCAACACAAUGAUGGCAUUCUUCUUUAUGUUGACAGAGUGCAAACACAUCCCUGAUCUCUGGAACGUCACAGCCCCUGGCCGGCAGUGCAUACCCAAAUCACAGGAAGCGCCGGUCUUUUGGGCGCACGGCGCCGUGGGAAUCGCAAUCGACAUCUCGCUUAUGGUUCUGCCGAUCUGGGUGAUCUACUCCAAGAUGAAAUUCUCGUCCAAAACUGUGCAAGUGAUCCUCGUAUUCUGUGUCGGCAUCUUCGGCAUUGUCACUGGGAUCGUGAGACUGGCCAUAAACAUCAACACAGAUUUCACUACUGACACCCCGAUCCAGACCCGUGAGGGGAUCAGACCACUAAUGAAAGCUCACCGAGAGUAUAGUACAUACAAAGUAGCGUGUGUCGCCCCCUGGACCGACCUCGAGGGCCAUAUCGGUCUCUGGACGGCCUGUUUCCCAGCAAUGCAGCCCGCGCUCCGCUUCGUCAGCUACAAGAUGGGACUGCGCUCGACGCUGGGCAGCACGGACAAUAAGUCGCGUUACGCAUACGGGGCCAGCGGUGCCGCCGGGGGCGGCAACUCGCGCUCGCUGCACUCGAAAGGGUGGCGCAACACGACGGGCCAGGGCGGACACUCCAGGGGCUAUCUGUCGUUCAAUGGGGAUAGGGACGGGGAGAGUGAACAUGGCAUUACGACGACAGCGGCAGGUGGCAACGGUUCGGAUCUCGAACUGCAAGCCGUGUCGGACUCGGGCAUUCACAAGACGACGGAUGUCAUUGUGCAUGUUGCGGAUGCGGCGGACAAACAGUCUGGGAUCACGCCGAAGCACUGGGAUGCGCUCUACAAGAUCAUUGCCCCGACUUCCUUUGAGUCCGCCAUCUUGGCUAGGUUCCGCGACGUAGCCACAACCAUCACCACACGUAAGGUCCUCGAAGCCGAUGGCGCGGCCGAAGCCACUGCUCGCUCCGGCGAUGAACCAAACGUUGCCUGUCGUUAUGAUGACUGGGCUCAUGGGGGUAAGACGGCAGCGCUGAGACUCAUCGAGGCCAACUUGAGCAACCACAGAUGA